AUGGUUUACUGCCGGAGCAUUAUAGCCGCCGCCCUCGUGGCCAGCGUAGCCAUCGGCGCCACGACUUCAACGCCUUCUGCAAUGGAGUCCGCUCAGCCCUCUGCCACUGCCGCCCCCGAGCCAAAGACCUUUGGACCGACAAGUGACUGCCAAAAGUAUCACAUCUUCUCGGUACGGGGUAGCAGUGAGCCGUACCCGGGACGGAUGGGCCCGCUGAUCCAGUCGAUUUGCCAAGGCCUCGGCGAGGAAGACUGCGGCUACGAGGAUGUCCGAUACCCGGCCAACUCGAGCUAUGAUGGGCCGGGUAUGUUUUGCCAGAGUGCAUCGACCGGAGCCAAAAAUGGACAGCGCCAGAUGCAGGAAUAUUCCGACCGCUGUCAGGAUUCGGGCUUGAUCUUGCUCGGGUACAGCCAGGGUGCAAGUGUUGCCGGGGAUAUCUUGGGUGGCGGUGGCGGCUUUCUCUAUGGAUGCGAUCAGCCUGAGAACCCCCCGCUCAACCGGACCUCACGGCCGGGCAGCAAGAUCAUUGCGGCGGCGACUUGGGGAGCGGUCCGACACACGGCAAACCAAACGUUCAACCAGGGAGAGGGAUCAUCGUACGACGGCGUACUGCCUCGUUCCGGUGCGCUGCUUGAAGGAAUCAAGCAGUUUUCGAGGGUCUAUCGCGACUGGUGCCACUAUGGGGACGUGAUCUGUGCCGUUGGGUCCCAGGGAAACAUAAAAGAUGAAGAGAUGGACCCCCAGCAGCACUGGAACUACUUUGAAGGAAACAACAGCGACUCGGCCAGGCAGUGGAUCAUAGACACUGCCAAGAACGGUGGAAAUGUUUCAACGGAUGAUGAUAAUUCGGCAAAUGACGAUGUUUCUUCUCAAGGGGAGCCUGAAGACCAGCAGGAUUCGGGUGCAAAUGAACGCAGGAUCCAAGGCACAAUCUGGGUGGCUUUGAUGUCAGCAGUUUGGCUGUCUGUUUGGUGUUUGUAA